UUUAAAAUGUCUACAAUUAGCAAGCUUGAAAUUCGGGGCAUACGUAGCUUCGGGGUCAGCAACAGUGAAGUGCAGAAAAUCAGCUUUCCUACUCCAGUAACUCUGAUUGUCGGGCAGAAUGGAUGCGGAAAGACGACAAUCAUCGAAUGUCUUAAGUAUGGUUUGACCGGAGAGUUACCACCGCACACGAAUCGGGGUAUCGGAUUUGUGCAUGAUCCGAAAGUUUUAAGCACAGUAGAAAGCUUGGGGCAGAUUAAAUUAAUGGUGAAGGAUAUUGCUGGCAACUCCUUAACGGCUAUCCGGUCGAUGAAGAUUAGCCUCAAGGGAAAAAAUCCCAAAUUUGAGACACUCGAUUCGACCUUAUCGAUAGAAAAUGCGCGGACAAAGGAAAAAACGACCCUUACUCGGUCCCGUUUAGCGGAUCUCAACAACGAAAUGUGCGAUGCAAUGGGAGUGUCAAAAGCUAUUUUGAAUAAUGUCAUCUUCUGCCACCAAGAAGAUUCCUGCUGGCCUCUUGAUGAGCCGAAAGAGCUAAAGAAAAAGUUCGAUAGCAUCUUCGGUACGACCGAGUACAAUCGGGUUAUGGACAAGUUAAUAAAAAUGAACAAAGUAAAUACGGAAAACUACAAAGAGCUAUUGGGCGAUUUAAAGCUGUUACAAAACAUAAAAACUCAAGCGGAAACAAAACAGAUGCAGUUAGAAGAUGGUGAACAAAAGCAAAAAAUGCUACGCGAAACCAUCGGUGAAAUCGAAAGCGACAUAAAGCCAAUCCAAAAGAAGCUAGAACACUUGGGGCAAAUUCAGCGAGAGCAUUCGAGUUUGGUUGCGAAAAAGAUAGAAUUGACCUCAAAGAUAAAGAGUAAGCAGGAGCAAAGCCGACAGCUCGAAUUGAAGAUCACCAAACUUUUCGAUGGUUCGUUGGCAGAGUUAGAGGUGGAAAUAAGAGUAUUUCACCAGACAGUUUGCUCAAAGCGUUCGGACCUGGAGGAUAAUGAAUCGGAACUGCAAACAAUUAAAUCACAAGAACGUUCCCUGCAAAGUAAACUGCAUUCGUCGGAGGGGCAAAUAAUGGAGCUGACAGGAAAACAAAAACGCCAACGAGAGCUACAAAUUGAUAGGAGCAAAAAGAUAGCGGUGCUUGGCAGUAAAUUGAAGCUGUCGCUUAACGAUGAUUAUGGCGAUGCAUCGGUAGGUAGCAGCGUUCUUGAUGCAGCCAUUAGAGCGAUUAGAGACGCUAUGCAAGCAGAAGAAAUGAACGUUCAAUCGAUGGUUAAGAAAUUUGAUGAGAUGGACGCUCAAGCUCAGAAAAAAAUCGACAGUUUACGGGAAGCCAAAGCCACUCUCGAGAGUGAUUGCGUAUCAAAACGCAAGCAAAUCGAGCAAAUGACGCGUGAUAAGCUCAGCACCGCACGUGAAGUGGUCGAAAUCGAACGAUCUGCCGAAACGCUGCAACGGUUGAUGGAUGAAAUCAACCGGCUUGAGCAAGAGUAUGAGAACCAGGUCAAGACAGCAAACUUGCCCGCUUUGAAGAAGGAGCUUAUUGAAAGAAAACAGUCGCGGGACCUGUUGCAGGAUCAGUUAGACAAGAUUGAAGAGCGUAUUAGCUCCCUAGGGGCCGUAACCAAGAAGGAGCAAGAACUGGCGUUACGGGAACAACAGUGCACAGGCCGCGAGUCGGAGAUACGGCGUUUGCGAAACAAACAUGCAGAUGCAUUGCGUCGCUUAUUUCCUGAGCGUAUCGUCGAUUCGCAGUAUAAACGUAACGUGCAGGAUCUGUACGACAAUAUUCAGAAGGAAGUCAAAACACUGAACGAAAAGAUACGUCGCGCCCAGGCCGUCAUGACGGAAAUGGAAGCCAACCGUAAAAACCAAAAGCAGCAGCACGAUCGUUUAUCACGUGAUGUAGCCGAAGCUGAGGAAACAAUAUACAAUGCUUGUCGGGGAAAUUUGUAUGAAGAUGUGCUUGCAAAGCUCAAUGAAAAAAUCGCCAAAAAUAACAUGGAACACGGCGAGGCACGAUCAGCCCUGGUACUAUAUCAGAAGUUUAUAUCUAAUAUUGAAAAUGAUCAUAACUGCCCGGUGUGCGAGAGAGAGUUACAGAACGAAGACGCUAAAGAUGUAAGUGGCAAAUUGUCGGAUGAGAUUCGGCGGCUGCCAGAAAAGAUUGAGGCCCUGGAACGGUCGCUGAAAAAGGAUCGCUCGGAGUACGAGAAGUUACUUGCUUUGAAGCCUGAAUCGGUGCGACUUGAAAAGCAAAAGAAAGAAUUACCAUUACUAAAGCAACAACUCCAGGAGACAGAACAACGCCUUACUAAGGCGUCAGAUGAUUUGGAAGAACUUCAGCUGGCGGUUUCGGAGCCUACGUCAAAUAUUCAGUUAAUCAACGCGAUUCUCGGAGAUAUGAGCAUUCUGGAUGAGCUGAGCCGCGAGUAUGAUCGUACGAAGCGCAGCGUGGAAGACUUGCGAAAUGAACUAGGACCCCCGGCUCCUGACGGUGUCACUGUCGAGUCGCUGAACGAAAACCGAGACACGUUGCGAGCGCAAUACAAGACCGAGCGAAACGCUACCGAACAGCUACAAACUACAAUUGAAACAAAAACAGAAAAAUUAAACAAUUUGCAAUCGCGAAACAAUCAAAUGAAAUCUAAAAAACUGCAGUUGCAAGAAUCCGUUCAAUCGUUGGAGCAAAAACGAACAAAAGUUGCCGAACUGGAGAGUAAAGUCGUUGCGCUUGAUAGCGAGCUAAACGAUGCCGAACAACGCCUCAACCCUAUGAAAAAUAAUCUGCAGAAGGAAUUGGACCAGAAACAGCGGACGAAGGAUCUUAACAGUCGGGAACUACAAAAGACGCGUAAACUCUUAGAAGGACUACGCCAAGAAGAAAAGGAAAUCGGUCGAUUGAGCAAGGACCUAGAGGAGCUCGAUGUACUAAAUUUGGCUUCAGCAUUAAGUAGUCUGCAGGAGAAAAUCGACAACUUGAAGCGAGAACGUGGUCGUGCUCAAAAGUCUGUUGAAGAGAAGGAAAAAACGAUCGAAAAGCUAAAGCAAGACAUUGCCAAUCAACAUUUGCAGGAUCGAGAUCUUCAGGAUAACCGCGAUCUGAAGCGUAUUUUGCGCGAGACGUCGGAUCUAGAGGCUGAACUUCAGACGCUUGUAAAGAACAUGGGUGAAAUGGAGGUAAAAGACGUGCAAAAGGAAUGCGAACGUCUCAUGGACAUUCGCGAUGGUUUGCAGGCGAGAAGGAGUGAACUAAACGGCCAGAUUAGCGAGCUGCAGCGGCAACUGAAUGAUCUUCGGAAGGAAUUAGAUCGGAAAGAAUUUCGCAACGCCCACCGCAAUUACAUUAACAGUCUAUGCGAAUCGACUGUACAGCGGAAGAUGAUCAGCAGCAUAAAGAAGUAUCUCAAUGUGCUCGACAGCACACUUUUGAAGUUUCACGCGGAAAAAAUGAAUGAUAUAAACCGAUCAAUUUCUUCGCUAUGGUGCAACAUAUAUUGCGGCAAUGACAUUGACUGCAUUCGCAUCAACACGGAAGACGAUGGUUCGGCUAAAACGGAUCGUCGGCGAGCAUACACUUACGGCGUAGUGAUGGCCAAAAACGGGAUCGAAAUAGAUAUGCGGGGCCGGUGUAGCGCAGGACAGAAGGUUCUCGCUUCGCUCAUCAUUCGCCUGGCGCUGGCGGAAACGUUCAGCAGAAACUGCGGCGUAAUGGCACUGGACGAACCGACGACGAACCUAGACCACGAAAGUAUUGAUUCGCUGUGCUCUUCCUUGCGCAACAUAGUGUCGGAGCGGUACACAAGCAACUUCCUGCUUAUUGUGAUCACGCACGAUGAAGAGUUCAUCACGAAGCUGGAGAAGUUUAAUAUUUACUACCGAAUUUCCCGCAACAACGAAGGCAAAUCAGUGAUCAAAGAAGAGCAUAUAUAAGCGGCAUUCCUAAUCCUAGUUUCUGCGUACUAGCUUGCAGAUUUACCAUACCAUUGCUUUAACAUUUGUAUGAAUUAUUUCUGUC